UUUUCUAUACUAGGGUGCAAAAACUUAGACUCCAGACAACGAGGCUGAAGUUGGCUUCUUAUUCGCCAGAUUCUUGUUCGAAUUUUCCAGUUGCACAUGUAACUGCUGCAACAUUUAAGUUAAUGUGGAACAGGAAAACUGGAGCAACCACGUAAACUGAGGCUAAUCUAGGGUUAGCUAGCAUUAACCUAUAUCAAAUGACUCGAUCUGAAAUGUCAAGUUGUGGAUCAGAAGUGUGUUUACCUCUGCUUUAACACGGCCUAAAGACUCAUUUACAGAAAUGGCCUCCGCUCUUGGUCGACGUCUGGUUGCCUGUCUUCUUAACAUCUCUGAGGCCCGGCAAAGAGGUUUAGUGGAGAAGGUGGCCCAAGCAGCUAUCACUGAUGAUCAUGGAAUAAGACGAAAGGGCACGACAGUUCUCAAUAUCUUCAGUGACUACGACUACAAUCGAUCUGUCAUCACGAUUGUGGCCAGCAUUGAGCUCAUCAAAGAGGCAGUUCUUUCCGCAUGUGAGCAGGCAUGCUCAUUGAUUGAUAUGAAUGAGCAUGAAGGCAUUCAUCCCUGCUUGGGAGCUGUGGACCUCAUACCCCUCUACCCUCUUGGAGAGGAGGUGGAUUUAAAGGAUUGUGGGAGGGAGGCCCAAGCUCUAGCUGCUGCUCUCAUUGAACGAGUGCUAGGCACCAGUGCAUUUUUCUUUGGCUGGGCGGAUGUACCAAUACGCCGCGGUCUUGCUCAGAGGAGAAAGGAGAUCGGAUGGUCCCGCAAAGUUUUAAACAUAGCUGCUAUUCAGCCAGACAUUGGACCACAACCUACAAGACAAUAUGGACUAACAGGUGUUGGUGCCAGCCCUUACGUGAUGAACUGCAAUGUGACCAUUGAUACCCAGGACCUUGUCCUAGGCCGGGGUGUAGCUGCAGCCAUCCGAGAGUCUAGUCCAGGGGGUAUUCAGGGUGUCCAGGUCAUGGCCCUGCCCCAUGAGGGUGCUAUAGAAAUCGCCUGCAAUGUAGAAAGUGUUCUGGAAGGCCCUCCAUCUGAUCUGGCUGCUGACAUGGAACCAUGGCCAGCGUUCAACAUUGGGGGUCAGAACUUCUAUCAUGCCCCAGCUUCACUAAUCACUGCCCGUGUAACAGAGUUGGCUGGCCGACAUGGGGUGGCUACCAAAGGUACAGCCUUAGUGGGUUUCACACCACUUGAGUGUAAGGGACUGGCUGAGAUGGCACUGUCUCAGGAUAUUGGGGAGUUCUGGAAGAUGUUGCACAGUGUACGAAUGUAAUGGUGAUGCUUUUACAAGUGUUUUUUUUUUUUGUUGUUUUCAGACAUGCAGUGUAAAACUGUUUUGCAACAGUAUGAAGAAAUAUGUGCAACACAUUACUAUGAAUGUUUCUAAUCAGGUGCAUCACAGUGGCACAUUACAUUUGGAAUAUGCUUUAUAUAACUUUAGUAUAAAUAGAAAAACCUUUUAAAAGAUCUUUUUUAUUGCAUUGACAUUUAACAUUUCAGAUUAUAUUUGAAUAUUUUAUCAAAUGUUAUAUCUGAAAGUUGGUGGUUUUAAAUUUCAUAUGUAAAGAAAUGCUUUUGAUCAAUGUAAUAUACUGAUACUAGUGAAGGAGUAUUCUUAUGAAUCAUGAAUGUAAUGAUUCAGCACUUUUAGUAUGUCCACAGGAAGAAAGUAAAGCAAAGCAGUGGCUGUUAUAUAGCAUUUACAGUUUUAAUUGCUGGCCUACUGUGCUUAGUGAUACUGUAUUGGGGACUUAAGUAUUCUACAGUAGUGGUCAUGUUGGUGUGGGUAGAGGCUUCCUGUAGAUUUCAUGGAAAAGGAUGCCUGCUGACUCAUUGGACUAUUUAGAAGGUCCAGUACCCACAGCCAAAUGGUAAGAGUAUUACAUUUGUGUCUGCUAUAACUGGCAAGUCAUACUCCCAUUUCAUCAUCUUGUGGUCACGCACACCCAUUUAGGCUUUCAGAGUUAUAGGCCAACCUUUUCGUGUUAAUGUGUGGUUUGAGACAGGACAAACAGACCCCAGGGUUACAGUUUGUUAAUUUCUAGUUUUAUUCCUAAUUAAAUAAACCUAUGUGUCAAACUAUCA